CAUACCAAACCCGUCCUAUCCCUCUCUUUCUAUAUAUUAACAAUUAGCAUUAACAAUUUUGCAUCCUCUUGCCAUUUUAAACUCCAUGCCAUUCAAAAAUAUGUUUUAGACAAAAUUGCACUCACACUUCACACAGACAAAACCACAAACACAAAACAAGCAUGUCUCCAUGGAUCAUUAUCUUUGUCACAAUUGCUGCAUCGAUUCUCAUUUACAAGCUCUUAAACCUCAUUUCAAAGCCUUCCUCACGUCUUCCACCUGGGCCUAAACCAUGGCCGAUCGUCGGAAACUUACCUCACAUGGGCCCUGUCCCCCACCACGCCCUUGCCGCCUUAGCUCUCAAACACGGCCCUCUCAUGCACCUCCGUCUGGGCUUCGUCGACGUGAUAGUCGCCGCUUCCGCCUCCGUGGCGGAGCAGUUUUUAAAGGUUCAUGAUGCUAAUUUUUCUAGCCGACCACCUAACUCCGGCGCUAAAUACAUGGCGUAUAACUAUCAAGAUCUUGUGUUUGCUCCCUAUGGCCCACGGUGGCGUUUGUUGAGGAAAAUAUCGUACGUUCACAUGUUUUCUUCUAAGGCUUUGGAUGAUUUUAGCCACAUUCGGCAGGAAGAGGUAGCAAGAUUAAUCCGCAAUUUGGCAAGUUCUGGAUCCAAAGCAGCAAACUUAGGACAACUGCUAAAUGUAUGCACAACCAACGCAUUGGCAAGAGUAAUGAUAGGACGACGCGUAUUUAACGACGGCAAUAGUGGUUGUGAUCCUAGGGCUGAUGAGUUUAAGUCUAUGGUUGUUGAGCUUAUGGUAUUGGCUGGAGUUUUCAAUGUUGGUGAUUUUGUUCCUGCUUUAGAGUGGUUGGAUCUUCAAGGUGUGCAAGGCAAGAUGAAGAAAUUACACAAAAGGUUUGAUACAUUUUUAACCAGCAUCAUUGAGGAUCACAAGGUUUCCAAGAGUGAGAAGCAUAAUGACUUGUUGAGUACGUUACUGUCACUGAAAGAAAAAGAUGAUGAGGAUGGAGACAAAGUUAAUGAUACCGAAAUCAAAGCUUUACUCUUGAACAUGUUUGCAGCUGGUACAGAUACAUCAUCAAGCACAACGGAGUGGGCUAUUGCCGAGCUGAUAAAAAAUCCUAGACUUAUGGUUUCUGUUCAAAAGGAGUUGGACGCUGUUGUGGGUCGAGACAGGUUGGUCACUGAAAUGGACUUGGCUCAUCUUCCUUACUUAGAGGCUGUGGUGAAGGAAACGUUUCGACUUCAUCCAUCGACGCCUCUUUCACUCCCACGCGUUGCAAAUGAGAGCUGUGAAAUCUUCAACUAUCAUAUCCCUAAAGGUGCAACUCUGUUGGUUAAUGUUUGGGCGAUAUCGCGUGAUCCUAAAGAAUGGUCCAACCCAUUGGAGUUUAAGCCGGAAAGGUUUCUCCCCGGUGGGGAGAAGUUUGAUGUUGAUAUUAAGGGAACUGAUUUUGAGGUGAUACCUUUUGGUGCUGGACGGAGAAUAUGUGCUGGUAUGAGUCUUGGACUUAGGAUGGUUCAACUUCUCACUGCGACUUUGGUUCAAGCAUAUGAUUGGGAGUUAGAGAAUGGGUUAUUGCCGGAAAAACUCAACAUGGAUGAAGCAUAUGGGCUAACAUUGCAAAGAGAAGUGCCUCUUUUGGCCCAUCCUCGUCCAAGGCUUGCGCAACAUUUGUACUUGUAGUUAUCAUCGUUUGAAGUUUGGCUUCAUGCGCUUUACCUUCACCCAAGUCUUAAUAAAGCAAAAAAAAAAAAAGUUGUAUCUAUAGUUUUUUAAAUAAGGAUGCUCUGGACUGAAAUAUGGUGUUUUAUGAUGAGUGUUGUUUGAUCCACAUAGUUUAGUCAUUUAUUAGUAGUUAUGUUUUGAGGAUUUCUACCCACUGUUUGAUUUAUCUGUAGUUAUAUUCUUCUUACAUGUAAGCUUUGGAUGGGCCAUA